UUCCAGUAGUCAAGUACUAUUCUCGCACCACCGUCCCCACGGGUGCAACAACUACAACAUCCAGAUACCAGUAGCCUGUUCGUUUUCAGUUCGAUUGAAAACAAGUGAAUGAGUGCGCACAUGCAGCCAUGAGUGUGGUGUAGUGUGGACUUGACUGCCCCGGCCCCCAUCAUGACUCCAUGCCAUUGAGGAUUCGGUAGCAUGGUCAAGGCCACGCCCACCGCCGCUGAGCCUGAGCCUGCCCCUUGGGUGUCUUCUUCAUGUACGGGUUCGGGACCACCCGUUCAAGUGUUGCCCGUACUGUACCCACCCGCUUCGCCCUCGUCGUCUCAGCCAUGGAAAGGAACAACGGGCAGACAUCCAUUCAGCCCAACCUCAGCCACGCCCAAUGGGGGUGGAGAAGGAGAAGGGGCUGAGUCUGGAACGAAUCUGCAUCCUUCGCAAAAUGGAGAUGCGUCCACCUCAGCCAAGACUAACUCGAAGCCAUCCAACACUCAAGUACCUAAAGACCACCAUCCUUCGGAUCCUCAUUCUGUCUCCCAAACCACCAAUGGUAAUGCCAGUAGCAACAGUGCAACCGCUGUUAGCAAUGGCGCCAGCAAUAGUAGCAACACUCUUGGACGAGUGCGACGGAGAAAAUUCUCCGUCAUCCGGAAACUCUUCAAACCUUGGAAGUGGAAGCAAAAGCCCAACAAUACCAAUGUGACCAAAUGCAUCAAUUCCACAGUCAUUUCCACAGCUGAAAGUAACGGAAGCGCUUUGGGUGGAACACAGCGCGUCCGACCUACCUCGACGAUCCCUCGGAGUGAGGCCGUUGCAACGGCGACCUCUCUGGCCUUGGCCGCCUCGGAGCGAGUGGCGGGUGGACGACAGCAGCAAUUAGUACUACAGCAACAACAACAGCAACAGCAUCACCACGCCAAGCAGCAACACCGAGUCCCCUCCUUGUUGUCGAACUCGGAGCAGCAACGCGAACCCGUCCAGUCCCUUUCUUUAGCCGCCUCGAAAAAGGGAGGCUCGACAGCGGUGUCAUCGUCAACUUACUCUGGUCCCUCUUCUGCCGCCGAGGACAAGACCAAGAAGCACCCUGUUCCUCUCUCCUCCACUUCCAACACCACUCCGUCGACCAUCAAAUUUAGUGGUGGCUCCUCUUCCAAAGUACUCAAUUUGUCCUCCACCCCCAACAAUAUCUCGUUGUCGGACUUCAGUGCCGAGGUCGACUUGUCAGGGACGGGGAGUGAGACGAUGAACAAUUCGGUGGUUUUGAACUCCUCAGCGUACGGUCCAUCGAUCUUGUCGUCGUCGGGUAUUAGUGAAGGCCACCACGGCUCCAACUCUUCCAGUUCAGUGGCCACUAGGCCAUCUUCCAUACCGAUGGACACAGUGAAUAAAUCGGGGAAGAGGUCGCGAUGGCUUUUGUGUUAUCCUUCAGGCGGUGCUGCCAACUCCGAGAGCCCGUCUCCGCCCUCGGAAGAGGCCGAAUCCAAUAUGUCCACUCCAUCUCCCACAGAUCACGGGUUUCGCAUCCCCAAUUCGUAUUCCAAUGAGCGCCCAACGAGUCUCCCUGUCGCCUUGCUCAACGCCUCCAAAAUGGAAGCGCUGAACCCUCUAUCAAUCGACCCAAACGAGCGGGUGACUCCGAGUGACCUGCAAGAUACGCCCAUGUUUGGCCACCAAGUACCUGCUAACGAUUGUGGAGGCUACAACGGGAUCUCUGAUAUUGGUGUUAUCCCACCCCCUCCCAUGUUCAGCUCGCCAUGUGCUUAUGACCAAGCGGCUGCCAUGCGAGGGGUAGAAAUCGCAUUCCAACCUCCGGGCGAUGAGUACGGACCAUUUUCCGAUGAGGAAGAUUCCGAGGGCUUCCAAAUGGAUCCUGAUUAUGGUGAAGACUCCCGCGUUAUUCAAACAGUCCCCGCCAAGGAACCCUGUUUUAGUGCAGUGCCCAUCAAAUCGGCCUUAAAGAAGGUCGGAGGCAACAUGAGUAGUAUGGGUGGGCGUAUCAUGAAUGGCGGAGGAAAAUCCCCCAUGCUCAGUCAGGAAGCCAAGUCCAUGUCCGAGCAAGGCUCUUCCAGGAGGCCACUCAUGCCUAAAUUGAGAUUCAGUAUUCCCUCACGCCCGAGAUUGGGUCAGUAUCGUGAUGACAAAGAGAACCGAGGACCGAAGGUCAUGGAGGAUAGCGGUCAUAGUUACUACUCAGAGGAACCUGAGGAAGAGGAUCGAAUGGCCGACAAAUUGGCCCGGAAAGACUCUUUAGCUAUCAAAUUGUCGCAAAGACCCGAAAGGCAGGAACUCAUUGAUCGGAAUAUCCUCCAUGGUGAUUCGGACGAGGAGCGUCGAAUCGAUCGUUCCCUAGUUGGAGCCAAACUCGUGCGACGUUUGAGCUUGCGUCCUUCUUUUGAGGAGCUGGAGGAACGAAAUAUCUUGAAAAAGAAUUCGAGCGAAGAACUCAAACGGGAGCGAGAGGAGAAAAAGCGAUAUCUGCUCCGAAAACUGAGCUUCCGACCGUCGAUAGACGAGCUCAAAAAUAGAAAAAUUAUCAAAUUUAACGACUAUAUUGAGGUGACUCCUUGCCACGAGUAUGAUCGACGGGCAGAUAAACCUUGGACCCGGUUAACGCCCAAAGAUAAAGCCUCUAUUAGGAAAGAACUUAACGACUAUAAAUCCAAUGAAAUGGACGUUCACGAAGAAAGCCGACAUCUUACCAGGUUUCACCGACCUUAGGAAGAAAUUGAUACCAAAAAUAACAUCAUUUAAAGUUCCUCCAAGCUCUAUUCCCGCCGGCCCCAACCCUCACCCGUAUCUCCCUUCUCAAACAAAAACAAACGUACUAUUGAGAGUGUCGUAUAUUCCUCUCUCUAUAUGUACUAUAUAACUUUUUGCAUGAUUCAUCCGUAAUAUCUGAAGAAUACAGUCUUAAUCCUCCUUCCCCCCCCCCUCAUUGAAGAACACAACGCUCCGAACAUGCUCCCAAUUUGGCAAUUUUAUAUGAUCUUUUUUCGUAUCUUCCUUCACCCAAAACGAACAAGAAAUCUCCCUUGGUCCUUUUCAAAAUGUCUGCGCUCUCUUCUAUUUAUCUGUGAUGUCUUCUGAGCGUUUGGGAACACAUUCCUUCAAGAUUCUCGUAACCCAACCAACAAAUACUGCUACCAAUCAUUAUCACCGAUACAACCACAAAAUGAUGAUAAUAAUAAUAAUGAUAAUGCUACUGCCGCCAGGUAUGUGCUGCAACCCACAUUAUUAGUAAAAGCGCGUGUACACGAAGAGGAAGAAUAAAAGAGUAAUAAUCAACACGAA